AUGUUGACUCUCGGCACACUCAUCUUCUUCGCCGUAGCGGCUGCCAUCGCCCUCGUCGUCAAGACACUAUCUAAACCGCAAAAGGAAAACCUUAUCUCAAGAGCCAUCCCCGCUGCUGCACCCCUCACUCAACCCCUCCCUUCAACAUGGUACAAGUCAGACGACAUCUACGAACUUGAGCGAAGAGCCAUCUUCUCAAAGAAAUGGAUCCUGCUCACUCACAAGAUGCGCUUCGACCAGACCGGCGCAUGGGUUCGAUACGCUGAAGCUGGUUUCGACUUCUUCCUCAUCCGAAAUGCAGAGGGUACCAUCAGGGGCUUUCACAACAUCUGUCGUCACCGUGCUUUUCCCGUCGUUGUCAAGGAUAAUGGCCAGAACAACGUCUUGUCCUGCAAGUAUCACGGUUGGUCUUACGGUAUGAACGGUCAGCUUGCCAAGGCUCCUCUGUAUCAGGACCUCCCCGGUUUUGAUCGCUCCAAGAACGGCCUCUUCCCUCUUCACACUCACGUCGAUGCCAAGGGCUUCGUCUGGAUCAACAUGGACGCCAAGGCUGUGCCUGAGAACCCAUGGAGCGAGGAGCUCAGCCAGACAGCGAACCACGGAUCUUUCAACUUUGACGACUACAAGUUUGAUCACGUCAAGCAAGACACAAGCAGCUUCAACUGGAAGACCUUGGCCGACAAGUCUUGCACUGGUAGCAACAUUGAUAACUUUGAGAACACCGCCGAGAAGAAAUCUGUUGUCAACGAUUUUUUCUUCCCCAACGCCUCCAUGACCCUCUCUCCUCAUUUCUUCUUCCUCUUGCGAUGUGUCCCUACAUCAGCCACAAAGUCCCAACUACAAUAUGAAGUUUACCGCCACAAGAACGCCACCGAAUCCGACUUCAAGAAGGUCGAAGAGAUUCUCCAGCAGACAGCCAGCGAGCAAGAAGCCCCCGCCGAGAAGAAUCUCCGCGCCGGCGUCCUCGUUGACCAAACCCCCCUUCAGUUCCAGAACCAAGUGUAUCAACUAGUCGAGCACCACCGCAAGCUCGAGGGUGUCGCUGGUCGUGAGAUUCGACCCGCUCAGCAGAUUCUUGACAAGUCUGCUACCAAGACUGAGCAAGAUGAGAGUCUCUACUCUUCCUGCUCUGGUCUCUCAUGUGGUAAAAUAGGCAAGGAUCUUGCUUGGUAAUCUUGGAGUUUGUAAAAAUAGAAUCGGCGUAUAGAUGGAGUGGUUUUUGCAUAUAAGGUUACAGACGGUAUAGAGGGAAGAUCUAUAUGGACAGCGUCUAGUGACCGGGCUUUUAGUUUAAUAGCAUGGUUAUGAU